UGAAAAAGUACAGUUCGAGUUAGAGCUUCAAUUACUGUAAACCUUAAGUUUAAAUUUUGAAUAUGGCUAAAGUUUUUGUCACUAUUCUUGUCGCUGUAUUAGCUAGCGCUGCUGCUGAUCAGUGUACUCCGAAGACUUGUAAUGGCGCAACACAUUCUUUGUGUUUGUAUAGCUCACCAGAUCCAUCAUCAAAUUGUAAUAAAGUACAAACUAGUUCACUGACACCCGAAGAAGAAAAAGAAAUUCUUGAUGCGCACAAUAAAUUUCGGGCUACAAUAGCUGAUGGAAAAGAAAAACUUGGGAAUCCUGGACCACAGCCAGCUGGUGUUAUUCCAUCACUCAAGUGGGACAGCGAAUUAGCAAAAAUUGCUCAAAGAUGGGCCAAUCAAUGCAAAUUCGGUCACGAUAAAUGCCGUGAUGUUGAACGUUUCAAAGUUGGACAGAAUGUAGCCUCAAAAAUGUACAGCGAUGGACAUAAGGCAAAAAUGACCGAAUUGGUUAAAUUGUGGUACGAUGAAGUAAAAGACUUUGACAGCCGGCAGGUCAAGAGUUUCAAGCCGCAAUCAUCUCCCGAAAUCGGGCAUUACACCCAACUUGUUUGGGGUGAGACCACUCUCGUAGGUUGCGGUGUCGUCAAAUAUUUGAGCAAAGACAACUGGUACACAACCUACUUGGUUUGUAACUAUGGGCCAGCAGGAAACAUGGUCGGCAGUCCACUUUACAAGACUCGUUAAUUCAAAUUUUGACUUGUUGUCUCCAUUGAAUUCAUUCCGAUUAAUAUAUUUGUCAUAAAUUUAAUUACCUGUUGUCAUUUAAAUAAUAAAAAAUUAUUAAACAGUA